CCCCUCGACCUGGCAUCAUGGAGCUGGGAAGAGCCUUCACCAUCUUUCUGGCACUAUGCUUGUCUUGCCUGCUCCUCCUCAUCGCCUGGAAACGGAUCAACAAGGGAGGGAAGCUACCCCCAGGUCCCACACCGAUACCUUUCCUGGGGAACCUGUUGCAAGUCCGUACUGAUUCCACCUUUCAGUCUUUCAUGAAGCUCAGGGAGAAAUAUGGCCCAGUCUUCACCGUGUACAUGGGUCCCCGGCCAGUAGUUGUUUUAUGUGGACAUGAAGCAGUGAAGGAGGCUCUGGUAGACCAAGCAGACAAUUUCAGUGGCCGUGGAGAAUUGGCUACAAUAGAGAGAAACUUCCAAGGUCAUGGUCUAGCUAUGGCUAAUGGAGAACGAUGGAGGAUUCUGCGACGCUUCUCCCUGACCAUCCUUCGGGACUUUGGGAUGGGAAAGCGGAACAUUGAGGAACGGAUCCAGGAGGAGGCUGGCUUCCUACUGAAGGAAUUACUGAAGACCAAGGGUGCCCCCAUCGACCCCACUUUCUUCCUGAGCCGUACUGUCUCCAAUGUCAUCAGUGCCAUCGUUUUUGGAAGCCGCUUCGACUAUGAGGACAAGCAGUUCCAGAAGCUGAUGCAGAUGAUCAAUGAGAGUUUCACUGAGAUGAGCACACCUUGGGCACAGCUAUAUGACAUGUAUUCAGGAAUUAUGCAAUAUUUGCCAGGAAGACACAAUCACAUCUACUACUUGAUAGAAGAGCUCAAGGACUUCAUUGCCUCUAGAGUCAAGAUUAACGAAGCAUCCCUUGACCCCCAAAACCCUCGGGACUUCAUUGAUUGCUUCCUCAUCAAGAUGCACCAGGAUAAAAGUAAUCCCCACACGGAAUUCAACCUCAAGAACUUGGUCCUCACCACUCUCAACCUCUUCUUUGCUGGCACAGAGACUGUGAGCUCUACAUUACGCUAUGGAUUGCUACUGAUGAUGAAGUACCCUGAGGUGGAAGCCAAGAUCCAUGAAGAGAUUGAGCAGGUGAUAGGAUCACACCGGAUCCCAAGUGUGGAUGACCGGGUGAAGAUGCCCUACACAGAUGCCGUGAUCCAUGAGAUACAGAGACUGACAGAUAUUGUGCCCAUGGGUGUCCCCCAUAAUGUCAUCCGGGACACUCAUUUCCGAGGCUACUUUCUGCCCAAGGGUACUGAUGUGUUUCCCCUGCUUGGCUCGGUCCUCAAAGACCCCAAAUACUUCCGCUACCCAGAUGCUUUCUAUCCUCAACACUUCCUGGAUGACCAGGGUCACUUCAAGAAGAAUGAAGCCUUUGUGCCUUUUUCCUCUGGAAAGCGCAUCUGCCUUGGUGAGGCCUUGGCCCGCAUGGAACUCUUUCUCUACUUCACCUCCAUCCUUCAGAACUUCUCCCUACGCUCACUGGUGCCGCCUGCUGACAUUGACAUCACGCCCAAGGUCUCGGGCUUUGGCAACAUCCCACCAACCUAUGAGCUCUGCUUCAUGGUCCGCUGAGAGCCCCCUACUGAAAGCAGAAAGGACCAUCAGACAACAGAGCCCUGUUCUGUUCCCACCCUCCUCAUCUCCCUAAAUUCUCACAACAGCCCUAAGAAAAGACACUAUUACUACUGUCAUGGGACCACAGGUCAGCAGGAGUCACCUGAAAAUAUAGAGUUGCAUCUUCUAUAUCCAAUGGAAAACAACACCCUGUUCAAGAUUUCAGCAACAAUCUGGAGGAUUUACUCUCAUCCUCCAGAUCACGGAUCACCUCCACCUGAGCUUUCUGCCUCCACCAAAUUCUUGCUGUAGAUUCCAUGUCUUUAUGUUAUUCCUUUGUCUUUGCCCUGAUAAUGACCAAAAUGUGAGUCACAAUCCUUUCUCCUUGAUUCUCAUAUUCACCACUCCCAAAAAGGCAACAAAGAACUCAAAACUGCCCACUGUAGCAAGUUUAUUGGGUAUUGUGUGUGACGUCAAUAGGGCACUGCAAACAACGUAAAAUGGCCUUUUUGACUUCCUUGUUAUUAGCUAUCAUUUCUGCCAGCUCACCACCAAAGAUUUCCCACUUGGUGGGCCAUCCUUGUAAUACCCCAGCCUCAACCUUCUUGCUGGCUCAUUACCUCUCCC